UUCACUCCAGCAGGACGUCUCAGAGCAGGACGCACUCUGUUAGGACAAGAACUUAACACCAAAAUCUGGACCUUUACAAACUCCAUUUGGGAGCUGGGUUUCAAAUGAGCCCCUUCUGCUUUUUGUCUUCUCUUUGAUGCUUUUCUAAGGCAGCUUGACAGAAAAGUUGUGACAGAUUUAGAAAGCAGCAAAAAAGGAGUCCAGAAAGAGCUUUGCCCUGAAGGUUUCAGAGGAAGAAACAGGAGGCAGAUAAGGAGGCAGCAAUAAUCUGAGGGAGUGAAGAGCACAGCUGUUAUGUGAAGAGAAGGAAAAAUACUGAUAAAGAAAGCCAGGAGGUGCACAAGUGUGAAGGGCAAAGAGAGGAGACUGACGAGAACAAACCAAGGCUGGAGAGAAGAUAAAUAUAAUAGAAAGACAGACCCUGAGGAAUAAUUCGAGGCUGAGAAGGACACAAAGUGAAGACAAAACUUAAACAGAGGCGGUUUAAAGACACCUGAUGCCAAAAUUAGCAGCAAGAAUGGAAGCGAGGCAAGACCAGAGGAGAGGCUUCCUCUGAACACACGAGGAGCUGAGCUUGGCCCGAGGAAGAGGAGAGGAUUUCCUCAUCAUGAUUUAUUCAGCUGAUUUCCCAAAUUCCAACAACCUUCGCCGGAAGAGCAACUUCGUCCCAGGAUAGAAUGAAGACAGGAGCCAAGAGAUACCUGACGAAUCUGUGAGACCUUCCUCUUCACCUUGGACUUCCUCCACCUUCCUCUCCAUCCUCCUCCUCCGUCUUAAAUCCACUCCUCCUCUGUCCUGAGAUCUCCUCUCCUCCCCUCUCCAUCUCCUCACUAUGUGGAUACCAGCUGUGCUCCUAUGGAUGCUUAAUAUCAGCAGUUUGUGCUCAGGACAAGACUAUACAGACUAUUACCAAACCGGAGACAUGGGCACACAGGCUCCGGUGCUGUCAGAUGAUCAGCCCAGUUUGGACACAGUAACAAGUGUGGAUCAGCUGCUGCAGCUUCUAUACCCUGAAUAUAGUUUGAUUCAGCGCUGCAUGAGGAAAAAAUCCUGGCACACGUCAUCCUCACCCUCUUCCCCGUCUUUUUCCACCUCCUCGGCGAGCCCUUUAGUCCACUCCAACAAUGAUGAUCUGUGGGUCAAGCUGAGGGAGGAGGCUCUUUACAAAGUGGAUGGGACUUUGGGAGUCAUCCUCGAGGAGAUCCAGCGAACUUCGUGCCAGCCCAGAGAGGUCUGUGUCGAGGUCGCCAAAGAAUACCCAGAAUCCACCAGUCAGUUCUACCUCCCUCGCUGUGUGGCGCUGCAUCGCUGCGGUGGAUGCUGCACCAACGAGGCCUUUUACUGCACCAACACAAGUCACACGCUUGUCAACAAGACGCUGAUGGAGCUGUCCCCACCCAGGAUGGAUCGCUCUGUCGUCAUGGUGACUUUCAUCAACCACACUUCGUGCGAAUGCCUGUCCAAGCGGCCGCUCCACUCCAUCAUCAGACGAGCAGCAACAGAUCACCUGUGUUCGCCUCCUGAUCUGCCCUGCGCCUCGGGGUCAUUUUGGGAUCCAGUGAACUGUGUGUGCGUCUCCACAGACACCAUUAACUACUCUGACAGAGAAACAGAGGUGCUCGACUCAGGCCUCCUGGCUCUUUGUGGGCCCAACAGGGUUCUGGAGGACUCGACCUGCGAGUGCGUCUGUCAAAACGGACUCACCGAAGCCAGCUGUGAUCCAGGCUGGAAACUGGACCACAACACCUGUGAAUGCCAGUGUGAAGGCCCAGCUGACGGGAAGUUUUGCCCUGCUGGCCAGCGGUGGGAUGACGAGCUGUGUGGCUGCGUUUGCACUGCAGACUGUCCUGGAAAUCAGCCGCUGAACCCCGACACCUGCCAGUGUCAGUGCAGGGAAACUCCAGAGUCAUGUCUUCGGCAGGGCAAGAGGUUCAACCGCAACACCUGCAGCUGUUACAGGUUGCCUUGCAGAAAGCCCAGACGGGUUUGCCAGACCGGGUUCUACUACAGCCACCAAGUUUGUCAGUGCAUCCCCAACCACAUGAGGCCCGAGUGGAAUUAAACCAAACGUUGGCAGAGGAGCAGUACUGCAGAUGCUGCCAUCGCCCUUUGACCUCAACAUUUUUAGCCUAAAAACAAAGGAGCAAGGCGGUGAGAGGGCCUCUUGACAAGAGGGCAGGGCUGGAACUACAUAUUUACACUUGGAGCUUUAGUAACAGCAUCUUAGCUGUUCCCAAAAUGCCAGGGAAGAUGAGAGACAACAAAAACACCAAAAAAUGCAGUAAAACCAGUGGAAAGAAGAGGAAAUGAGAAGAUAUUUGACUCUCUGGGACUCUUGUGUGACAGUAGUGGCCUUUUCCUUUUGUUAAUAUCACACUCCCCCACUGGGACGCUACCUGAAAGCCUGACAGGAAAUCUGCAUGGACCAGUCAUCCGCUGAGCCAACGUUCAUCCUGGCAGCAACGUGUUCGAGCAAGAAAACCAACCUGAGAGGCUCGUGCCUGUGUGAAAUGGAAAGUGGAAUAAGAUAAUAACAGAGCAGACUAAAAAGAAUAAAACAAAAAUAAACAAGCUUCAGGCAACUUCAUGCUUUGGCAGCCUUGCUAGAUAUUUGAGAGGCUGAAGGAAUGAUUUCGCAGAAGUCAUGUGAUGUGAUAUUUCCUGCAUGUUGCUGAGGCCUUUUAUUUCCUCCUUUGAGUUGAGGUGAAUCUUUUCCCAACACCUGACUGCAUCUCUUGCAUCUUCACCAACAGAGACUCAAUUUUUAUUAUUUACGCUGAUGAUAAAACUGUAUUUUUACAAAAAAAUCUGGCAGUUUCCCUUAGUUUAUCCUUUUUUUCCAGGAAGUUAGAGAUUUACUGCCAGACUUUGUUCGAUAGCACACUAAUUUAAACACUCCCAAUAGUUAUUACAUCUUCCAGUUUCUACUUGCCUCUACUGCAGUGCUGUUCUUUGAAGUUUUCCCUCAUACCCGGCUGAAUCCAGCCACGACUGACGUUAACAUUUGGGUACCAUUCUGGGUCUUCCACUAAUUUAACUCUACAUGCUCUAAGUAAUAUUAUUUGUAUAUAUUUAAUUUGUUUCAUAUUUAAAACAGUGAAAGUUUGAAGAUGGAAUCAUGUGUCAUUGUAAAAUACCGUAUUUAAGUCACUAUCACAACUAAAUAUUGUUUUGGAGCAAAACUAUUUACAUGUCUUUGUACUCAAGCAGUUUUAAUUACUAUGGAAAAUUAUGUUUUUGAUUGUCUGUUUUGCCUGAACUGCAAAAUAUUCAUUUUGACGAGUCAUUUAGACGCCUUUACAGCGGUCUAAAAAACCACAUUAAAUGUUAAAAUGAAGAUUUACUGCAGUGUAGAUGAUUGUAGUGUUCGUGCUUUCAGGAUGUAGAGCAAAACUGAAAUUCUCCCAUCGUGCUUAAAUAUUUAAAGUAGUUUUGAAGUGCUGAUUAAAAGGCUUGUCAGACUGCUA